AUCAUGAUAAUGGUUACUUAGAAAUUUAUUAUUUGAGGGAGGUACUAUUUUGAGAUACGGUAAAACUCAUUUGGUAAAACUCAUUUCUAGACUAUGGCUGGGAUCAGCAGCAUCGGAGUUGUGGGCGCAGGCCAAAUGGGCGCCGGAAUCGCCCAACUCGCUGCCGUGCACGGCGUUGACGUAUACCUAUACGAUGCCGACUUCGAAGCUCUCAAACGAGCCCAUAAAUCCAUCUCCAGUAACAUACAACGCCUCGUCUCAAAAGGUCAGCUCUGUCAGGAAAGAGGUGAGGAUGCUAUCAAACGUCUAAAAGGCUCACAAGAUUUGGAAGGUUUGCAAUCUGUGGAUAUAGUUAUUGAGGCUAUUGUUGAAUCUGAGGAUGUAAAGAAAAAGAUGUUUGUGGAUUUAGACAAGAUUGUAAAGAGCUCUGCAAUCUUGGCUUCUAACACUAGCUCUAUUUCCAUAACUCGUUUGGCAUCAGCAACUAGCCGACCAAGACAGGUGAUUGGCAUGCAUUUUAUGAAUCCUCCACCAAUUAUGAAACUGGUGGAGAUUAUCAGGGGCACAGAUACAUCGGAUGACACAUACAAUAUAACUAAGUGCUUGGCAGAAAGGUUCGGCAAGACAAUUGUUUGCUCCCAGGAUUACGCUGGGUUUAUUGUAAACCGAAUCCUGAUGCCAAUGAUAAAUGAAGCAUUUUAUACACUUUACAAUGGAGUUGCGACUAAAGAAGACAUUGACACAGGGAUGAAACUUGGAACUAAACAUCCAAUGGGCCCUCUGGAACUCGCAGAUUUUAUUGGGCUGGAUGUUUGUUUGGCAAUAUUAAAAGUCCUGUUCACUGGCCUGGGGGACAUGAAAUAUGCUCCGUGCCCCCUCCUCGUGCAAUAUGUUGACGCGGGCAGGCUUGGUAGAAAACGGGGCAUUGGUGUGUAUGAAUACAGACUUGAUCCAAGGGGCAUAAAGGGAUUGCCUCGACUCUGAGAUAAAUAGUACUCCUACGUAACAUGGAUACAAAUGAUGUGCCCUUCACAAAGGCAGCGUGCAUAAACUUCUGUGUGUUCUUGAAGAUUCUGGUUGAAGGGUUAUUCAAUAAAAUACCCUUUCAGAAAGGUCCUUGUAAAGAGAAAUGCAUGCCUAUAUGCAAAUUGCUUUGUUGGGUCAUUUAAGAGUUGUUGAUGCUGCUGCUGCUACAUCCGAGUGCUAUUGUGUAAGGUUUUUAUAUCACUAUUGAAAGCAGAAAAUAAGAGUGGUAUCACUGGUAUCUAAGUAUGUCAUUACUGAUUCAUGUUAUGGUGAAAUAAUGGUUGAAGGUAGGC